AGUCCUCCGGAACAGACCCCCAGAAAAAAUUGAGAGGCGGUACUCGUUCGUAACGGGUCCAGGCUUCAGUCGUCCGGAGGCGGCACCAUAAGUGAUCGAGAAAGGGGAGGGUUUUCUGUCUGUUUCCACAGUUUUUUUUUGUUGUUUUUUUUAAUUAUAUAGUGCCUGUCGUCCUUCCUCUGUGGCGUGUGUGUUGCGGAACGUGGGGAACAUGCUGUGCGUGACAGCGGCGGCGCGUCAGUCGUGGAGGGGGUUAAAAAGUUCUGCAUGUGCGGCGGUGACGGUGAAAAACGAGCCCAUCCUCUCCUUCAAGCAUGGAAGUGAGGAAAGAAAGGAACUGCUACAGGCACUGGAGCAUGUGAAGGCGAGCACUGAAGAGAUUCCUUGCGUAGUUGGAGAUGAACGUGUGUGGACCAGCGACAUCAGAUAUCAGCUAUGUCCUUACAAUCAUGCUCACAAGGUGGCCAAGUUCUGUUACGCCGACAAGGAGCUGAUCAACAAAGCCAUCAUGGCAUCGUUGGCGGCACGGCGAGAGUGGGAUCUGAAACCCGUCCAGGACCGAGCUCAGGUCCUCUUCAAGGCCGCCGAUGUCAUCAGUGGACCUAAACGAGCGGAGGUCCUAGCAAAGACUAUGGUUGGACAGGGCAAAACGGUGAUGCAGGCAGAGAUCGAUGCGGCUGCUGAGCUCAUCGACUUUUUCCGAUUCAACGCCAAACACGCCGUGGAGCUGGAGUCGCAGCAGCCUCUGGACGCGGAGGGAAGCACCAACACAGCCCUCUACCGUGGACUAGAGGGCUUCAUCGCCGCUGUGGCGCCGUUCAACUUCACCGCUAUCGGCGGGAAUCUGGCUGGAACGCCGGCCGUGAUGGGAAACGUGGUCCUGUGGAAGCCCAGCGACACCGCCAUGUCGGCCAGCUACGCCGUCUACAACAUCCUGAGGGAGUGCGGCCUACCCCCCAACAUCGUGCAGUUUUUGCCGUCAGAUGGCCCCGUGUUUGGAGACGCCGUCACGGCGUCGGAGCACCUGGCAGGAAUCAACUUCACCGGCAGCGUUCCGACUUUCAAGCGGCUGUGGAAGCAAGUGGCCCAGAACUUGGACGUCUACAGAAGCUUCCCUCGGCUGGCCGGAGAGUGCGGCGGGAAGAACUUCCAUUUUGUCCACAAGUCAGCGGAUGUGCCGAGCGUGGUCAACGGGACAAUUCGCUCUGCAUUUGAGUAUAGCGGUCAGAAGUGUUCGGCAUGCUCCAGGAUGUACGUGCCACACAGCCUGUGGCCGCGUGUCCAACAGCAGCUUGUGGAUAUCCUCAAAGAAGUCAGAGUUGGAGAUCCUGUAGAAGACUUCAGCACCUUCUUCUCUGCUGUCAUCGACAACAAGUCUUUCAGCCGCAUAAAAUCAUGGUUGGACCGGGCCAAGACCUCCCCCAAUUUAGAAAUCAUCGCCGGGGGAAAAUGUGACGAUUCCAAAGGCUACUUUGUAGAGCCCACUGUAAUCCUGACCAAAGACCCUCAUGACGCCGUCAUGGAGGAGGAGAUCUUUGGACCCGUUUUGUCCAUUUACGUCUACCCUGACGACGACUACAAGGAGAUAUUGCGACUGAUUGACAGCACGUCGCCGUACGCGCUCACAGGCGCUGUUUUCGCUCUCGACAGGAGCGUUCUGGACGAGGCGUCAAAAGUUCUGAGGAACGCUGCUGGAAACUUCUACAUCAACGACAAGUCCACUGGGUCCGUUGUGGCCCAGCAACCAUUUGGGGGUGCCAGAGCUUCAGGCACCAACGACAAACCCGGCGGUCCGCACUAUGUCCUCCGCUGGACGUCGCCGCAGGUAGUCAAGGAAACGCAUGUCCCGCUCACAGAGUGGAAGUAUCCUUACAUGGGAUAAUCGCAGGCUUGGCUCUGCCCCUCGCCGUCCACUCUGCACUGAACUGUGACAUGAUUGUAAACAAGUGGCGUGCACGUCUUCCAAAGCACACGUGUGUGCGUGUGAGCUUUUUAAGUGAAGUCAACUUUUUACAUUUUUAUCGUGUAAUUUACCAAAACUAAAAUAUGAAUAAGUAUCAGUGUAAUAAUUGUCAUUUGCUAAUAAAAUAGGUACGUAACAAUAUAA